AUGGAAAGAAGACAACGCGAAAUGGAACCACUAUAUCAAUUCGGUGCGAACGUGGUACCAAUGGAAGCACCAGAACAAAGGCCCAGACAAGAGGAAAGAGAGCCGUCGCCGCAACCUGGCCCAGCUGGUAACCAACAAGUUGGCUUUAUUCUCACCUACUCGCCGUACUCGUUCGGUCCCCUGAUGGGCAGGCCAUCCGCAAAUUGGAAAGGAGAAAAUGAUGCCAGAAAGUUCCGCAAAGUGGAAAAGAUUUCGAGGAAAAGAGAAUUGAAUCUGGAGAAAAAUGACACAAUGAUGUGCUUUUUCAAAAGAAGCAAAAAAUCUGAUCAAUAUUUUCCUUUAUUUGAUCUUCCAUUGCAUAUUAUAGAGAAGAUAGUGUCAAAAUUGGCUAUCUUUGAGAUGGCUAGGUUUAAGCAGUGUUGUCGGCAAUCUAAGAAGAUCGUGGAUGGACACUGGCAACUUCAAAAGACUUUACGCAUCGGAGUUGGGGAAUUUUGUCAGCUAUUCCCGCAUAUGGACACAAAAAAGCAACAAUUCGAAAGCUUAUUCCAUAUUCGGGAUGAGCUUGGAAAAUAUAUGUCUAUGCUUCCCAAACAUCGCUUGGUAGAAGUGGAUUUUAGCGGAAUCAAACGCUUCCAUCAUGAGAUGUUAGAAAGCAUCCUGGCAAGGAAUGCAUUGGACCCAUUUGCGAUGUUUUCUGAAGUGAUCAGUAUGAAUUUCGAGCUAUGUACAGUCAGUUGCGCCGAUCUUGAAUCGUUAUCCUAUUACACACAAAAUCUGAAAUCGCUAACAAUUUCGGAUCAAUUGAUAGAUCACAAACAGGAAGGAGAAGAUGUUGAUCCAAAUCUACUACAAUGCUAUCGUACUUACCAAAGAAAGCGUCUUAUUGGACACCGCUCAAAGUUGAUCGCACAUCUUAAAACGCUUUGGCCAUCACUAGUACAACUGACAAUCACGGAUACCGAUGGUACCGUGCUACUCGACGAAUUUCCUAUAAACUCGUUCUAA